ACAAUAAUACUUUAAUCAACAUGAGGUGAGCUAUUUGAUUAAAAAAAUUUAAAAGUUUCUAUGGUGAGUUUACCGCGUAGAAAAUCAGUCAAAAUUACAGGGCCGAAGAACACUAUAUAUACUACUCGUUCAAAGAAUGUCAAGUAUCAACUUUACUAAAUAUCAAGAAAUUAGAGCUCUUCUAGCCCAUUUUGUACCAUGAAAUUCUUGAAACUCUUUAUUCUUUUUUGCAUCCUUAGCAAUUAUCCAUGGCCAACUAUUCAAAGCCCUUUAGAAACUUAUAUAGUUCAUGUUGAAUCUCCAGAAAGCCGAAUUUCCACUCAAUCUUUAUCAGAUCAGUAUCUAGAGAGCUGGUACCUUUCAUUUUUGCCAAAUACCAUAGCAAGCACAAGCUCAAAUGAAGAGGCCCCGCGUUUAGUAUAUUCAUAUCGCAACGUGAUGAAAGGCUUUGCUGCAAGAUUAUCUGCAGAGCAAAUGAAUGAAAUGGAGAAAAAACCAGGCUUCAUAUCUGCAUGGCCGCAGAGGAUAUUGUCUUUACACACUACACAUACUCCAAGCUUUCUUGGAUUGCAACAAAACAUUGGCUUGUGGCAGGAUUCCAACUAUGGGAAAGGUGUGAUCAUUGGAGUCUUGGACACCGGGAUUUCACCUGAUCAUCCUUCAUUUAGCGACAAAGGAGUGCCUCCUCCGCCUGCUAAAUGGAAGGGCAAGUGUGAAUCAAAUUUCACUACAAAGUGUAACAAUAAGGUCAUUGGCUUGAGGUCUUUCAUAAAAGACAAUCGUUCACCAAUAGAUGAUCAUGGACAUGGCACUCACACGGCCAGCACAGCUGCAGGAGGUUUUGUUAAAGGUGCUAAUGUAUAUGGGAAUGCAAAUGGCACUGCUGUAGGGGUUGCCCCUCUUGCUCACUUGGCUAUUUAUAGGGUUUGUGACUCAUUUGGUUGUGAGGACAGUGACAUUUUAGCUGGCAUGGAUGCAGCUAUUGACGAUGGUGUUGAUAUCCUAUCCCUUUCCCUUGGUGGAUUGACUAGUUCCUUCUAUAACGACCCCGUUGCACUCGGCGCAUAUAGUGCAACAGAAAGAGGCAUUCUUGUAAGUUGCUCUGCCGGUAAUAGCGGGCCAUCCAAUAGCACUACUUCAAACGAAGCCCCGUGGAUUCUGACAGUAGGUGCAAGCACUCUUGACAGGAAAAUUAAGGCUACUGUUAAGCUAGGAAACAAAAAAGAAUUUGAGGGAGAGUCAGCUUUUCAUCCAAAGGCUCAGAAUUCAACAUUUUUGCCUUUGUUUGAUCCUGCACAGAAUGCAACUGACUUGAACAGCCCUUAUUGCGGUACGGGUACACUGUCCGACCCCGCUAUUAGAGGCAAAAUAGUUUUGUGCAUGGUAGGUGGUGGUUAUACCAGGAUUGAAAAGGGACAAGCAGUAAAGGAUGCUGGAGGUGUUGGCAUGAUUAUCUACAAUGAUCCGGAUGAUGGUUUCACUACAUCAGCCGAUGCUCACGUCCUUCCUGCCUUGGAUGUUACUUAUGUAAAUGGAAUGAAAAUUCUUGCCUACAUGAAUUCAACAAAGAAACCAGUAUCCAGAAUUACAUUCCAAGGAACGAUAAUCGGAGAUAGAAAUGCACCAGUGGUUGCUUCAUUUUCUUCUAGAGGACCAAGCACGGCUAGUCCGGGAAUCUUGAAGCCUGACAUUAUUGGUCCCGGUGUUAACAUUCUUGCUGCUUGGUCUACUUCGGUUGAGAACAACACUGACACAAAAUCAACCUUCAAUAUUAUUUCUGGCACCUCCAUGUCUUGUCCUCACCUUAGCGGAGUAGCAGCAUUGCUAAAAAGCAUUCACCCCACUUGGUCUCCUGCAGCUAUUAAAUCAGCAAUCAUGUCAACCGCUGAUACAGUAAACCUCGCCAACAAUCCCAUACUAGAUGAAAGGCUUCUUCCGGCUAAUAUCUUUGCAAUUGGAGCAGGACAUGUCAAUCCAUCAAGAGCAAGUGAUCCGGGACUAAUUUAUGAUACUCCUUUCGAGGACUACUUACCUUAUUUAAGUGGUUUGAAUUACACAAACCGACAGGCGGGAAACCUUCUACAACAUAAGGUGAAUUGCUCGGAAGUGCAAAGUAUUUUUGAAGCGCAACUAAAUUAUCCUUCAUUUUCCAUCACACUCGGAGCAAAUUCUCAGUCAUAUACAAGAACAGCGACUAACGUCGGUGUGGCUAAAUCAUCUUACAGUGUGGAGAUAGUUUCACCACAAGGCGUGUCUGUGACUGUUAAACCCUCUACUCUAAACUUCUCCCAGUUGAACCAGAAGUUGACAUACCAGGUGAUCUUUUCCAAAACAACCAGCAACUCAAAUAGUGAUAUAGUUCAAGGAUUCUUGAAAUGGACUAGUAAUAGGCACUACGUAAGAAGUCCAAUUGCAGUUGUGCUAGUGUAGUAAAACUGUAAUAGUAUUAGAUUUCUAGUAUUUCUAAUGAAUUUUGCUUGUAAAAUUAACA